AUGUUAUCAUCACAUCUUCUCUUCGUGGCGUUUCUAAGCAGCGGCGUAAGCGCAGCAAGACUCUAUGCAUCCCACUACUCCGGCACGAUCAACAUCUUGAACCUGAAUGGAAACACCUUGACGCUCGUAAACUCGACGAGCACCGGAAAUACGCUACCAAGCUGGAUCACCUAUGACAGCCCUGGCAAGGCGCUGUACAUCGCAGAUGAAGUCUUCUACGGCGCAUCAUCAGGGAAUCUCGCUUCCUUCUCCAUCAGUAGCGAUGGUGCUUUGAAGGCCUCUGGAAAAGGUCCUACAGCGAUGGGCGUGGUAGCAACAACCCUCUACGGAGGAGCAGACGGAAGGUCUUUCAUCGCCAACGCGCACUAUCAAACAAGCCAGAUCUCGACGUUCAAGCUUCCGCUCACCGGCGCCCAGCCCUUGCAAACGUUGAAGUACACCAUGGACGGCCCAGGCAAAAUCCCGAGUCGCCAAGAUGCACCACACCCGCACCACGUUUUCACAGACCCAACAGGGGACUACUUGAUAGUACCAGAUCUUGGUGCGGAUCUUAUUCGGAUCAAACGCAUUGAUCGUAGUUCUGGCAAGCUAACAGAAUGCGGGACCGGCAAACCGGUGCCGGGCACCGGGCCACGUCAUGGAGCGUUCUGGGGUUCCGGGGCGAACACCACCCUGUUCAUCGCCAACGAGUUGUCAAACUCAGUCUCUGGAUGGAAGGUCGCCUACCCAUCAGCAUCCACCGGAUGUCUGAUACUGACACUGCAGGACACCUUGACGCCGUACCAGGGCAAUGCGUCCGCACCCACGGGAACCAAAGUUGGUGAAAUCCACGUCAAAGACAACUUCGUGUAUACUUCAAACAGGAACGACAAGAGGUUUUCAGGAAAUGAUUCGAUCACGCAGUAUAACAUCGCUUCAGGAGGCAAGAUCACCUGGGUGGAGAACACGAGCAGUUACGGGACGUACCCAAGGUCAUUCGAUAUCAACAAGGCAGGAGACUACAUUGCUGUUGGUGACCAGACAACCAGUAAUGUUGCUGUUGUGGCAAGGGAUACGGUCACGGGUCGAUUGGGAAAGAUGGUAGCAACUUUGAGGAUCGGGGCUGCUGGGACGCCCGAGAACGAAGAUGGAUUAAGCGCCGUAGUGUGGGCAGAGUAGAU